CCUUCAAUGUAACAGAAACGAAAGAAACCGAUGCAUUCACUCUUUAGUUCCUACCGGAAGCGUAAAAGCAUACAGUAGCGUUUGAUUUAAAAAGUUGUGUUCGCCUUCGAAGACUAUUGACACGCUACUGCUGGACUACUUUUAAACAAAUAUAUGUGCUUCCAUUGAUUCAGUGUAACUUUGGAUCACGAAAGCCCUCCGCAUUUGAAGGUUUUCAAGGUUUUAUUUUCUUAAAUUGUGGUGCGCUUCUCAUAAUUAUUAUUUCCCCCGUUUUUGAAAGGGCUUUAACAAGUCCCGUUAAUACGCAAUAACACUGCACAUGUGAGAAUCACGGUCAGCCGGUUUGUAGUGUGCUGCUUCAGUCAAAAAAGGUCGCCAUGGCUCAGGAUUUCCUCCCAGGCAUGGAGAGCUCCGCAAUCUCUGUCUUAAAGAGAGCCGUGGAGCUGGACCACAACUCGCGCUUUCAGGAGGCUCUGGUGUGCUACCAGGAGGGGAUCCAGCUCCUGAUGCAUGUGCUGAAAGCUGUGAAAGAUGAUUCAAAGAAGGGCCACUACAGAGAGAAGAUCAAGGGCUACAUGGACCGAGCAGAACAGAUCAAAGACCAUGUGAACAAACUGAAAGAAGAGGGUAAAUACCACGAGCAGAUAAAGAUAGCAGACAGUUCCAUUGGUUUCAGCUAUGAAUCCCUCUUCAAACCCUACAUUAGAGACGGACUGACUGAAGUCUGGGUGGAAGAUGCUUAUGUACGGCAUGUCCAUCAGUUGUAUAAUUUCCUUCGUUUCUGUGAAAUGCUGCUGAAAUGCCAGUGUAAAGUAAAGACGAUUCACCUUCUGACCUCGCAGGAUGAGAACAGCUCUCAGCAAACCAGUGCCCUGGCAGAAAUAAAGCAGUCUCUGCAGAGUCAAAACGUCUGUCUGGACAUCCAGUACUCCUCUACUAUUCAUGACCGGGAGAUCAGGUUUGAUAAUGGCUGGAUUAUUAAGAUUGGCAGGGGACUCGAUUAUUUCAAAAAACCCAAGGGUCGCUUCUCUGUCGGAUACUGUGAUUACGAUUUAAGAGAGUGUCAUGAGACUACUGUGGAUAUUUUUCAUACAAAACACACGAAGAAGGCAUAAUCUGGCAUAUCUAUGGGACGUAAUUUCAAAUGCAGUCCUCACAUACCAACCCGGACAACUGGAAAUGUGCCUUUUGAUCCCAUUUACAGCUUUUAAAUAAUGCAGAAGAACUGAUUUUGUUGUCUGUUUUAAAAUGUUCUGAAGAAAUAUUAAGAGGUCUUCUCUAUACCAUUACUUCUAUUCAGCUUUUUUAAAACUAUUUGAGCACUAAAAGGCUAUAAUAAGGUGAUACAGAUAUGUAUUUAUAUGUUUGCUUCUGUAAUAAAGAUAAAAACCGAAGUG